AAAAUACAUAAUUUAUAUCUAUGCAUAGAAAACUAGAUAAGUCUAUGUACUAACCUCAUUUUAUCUCAAAAUAAUAUUGAGUCGAGAGUUGUUUUGGAAAAUUGUUACAGAUUUGAACAAAAUGAUAAACCAGGAGGAAGAUGAAAUCAAGAAAAUAGACCUCGAUGCAAGAAAUUUGAAGAGGACAGCCGAAGAAGUUAUUGAUGAAAGCAAACCGCCCAUUAAGAAAAUCAAAGUAGAGGAAAACUACUUAGUGAAAAAAGAGGAGAUAGAUGACAGCGAUUCUGAUGCAACCCCUAUCUUUAAUUCGAAUAAAAAUAGGUUGUGCCCAUAUCUUGAUACAAUAAAUAGACAGUAUUUGGAUUUUGACUUCGAAAAACUUUGUUCAGUGUCACUAACAAGGAUCAAUGUUUAUGUAUGUUUAGUCUGUGGAAAGUAUUUUCAAGGAAGAGGAACAAAUACACACGCUUAUACUCAUUCUGUGGCAGAAGCACAUCAUGUCUUCCUAAAUUUACAAACUUUGAAGUUCUAUUGUUUGCCUGAUAACUACGAGAUUGUUGAUUCUUCUUUGGAUGAUAUUAAGUACGUAUUGAAUCCUACUUUCACAAAGGACCACAUCAGCAAGUUAGAUGCAAGUACAAAGCUGUCUAGGGCAAUAGAUGGAUCACUUUAUAUGCCAGGUAUAGUUGGACUGAAUAACAUAAAAGCUAAUGAUUAUUGUAAUGUAGUUCUACAAGCUCUAUCACAUGUCCAACCGCUUCGUAAUUAUUUUUUGCGAGAGGAAAACUACUGCAAAGUUAAAAGACCACCAGGUGACUCUUCUUAUCUUCUUGUUACAAGAUUUGGUGAACUGAUGAGGAAAUUAUGGAAUCCAAGGAAUUUCAAGGCACAUGUUUCACCACACGAGAUGCUUCAAGCUGUGGUUCUCUGGAGUAAGAAGAAAUUUCAGUUCACCCAACAAGGUGAUCCAAUUGACUUCCUUUCUUGGUUUUUGAAUGCUCUCCAUCGAGCUUUGAACGGAACUAAGAAAAGAAACAGCUCCAUCAUUCAUCAGUCUUUCUUGGGAAGUAUGAAGAUAUAUUCUAGAAAGAUUCCACCAACAGAGUUAGAUGAUAAACAGAAGAAAACCCUCCUGAGUACAGAAGAGUACAUGGAGACAGAAACUGAGACACCAUUCCUAUACUUGACUUGUGAUUUGCCUCCACCACCUCUAUUUAUAGAUGAAUUCAGGGAGAAUAUCAUACCUCAAGUGAACCUCUAUCAAUUGCUAAAUAAAUUUAAUGGUCAGACAGAGAAAGAAUAUAAAACCUAUAAGGAAAACUUUUUGAAAAGAUUUGAAAUAACACAAUUGCCUCCUUAUUUGAUUUUGUACAUAAAACGUUUUACAAAAAAUACAUUUUUUGUAGAAAAGAAUCCCACUAUUGUUAAUUUUCCAGUGAAAAAUGUCGAUUUUGGGGAAUUUCUAACAGAAGAAGUUAAGUCAAAACAUAAAAAUACUGUGUAUGAUCUUGUUGCUAAUAUUGUUCAUGAUGGAGAACCCUUGAAAGGAACAUAUAGAGUGCAUAUUCUGCAAAAAUCUACAGGGAAAUGGUACGAGAUGCAAGAUUUGCAUGUGAUUGACAUAUUGCCUCAGAUGAUUACGUUAACUGAGGCUUACAUCCAAAUAUAUGAAUUAAGAACUUAAAUAGAGUAUUUAUUAAAA